UACGCACUUCCGCCACCACGGACUUCCGUGUUGGGGAACCAAAACUAAAUCUUUCAAAUCUCUUUAAAACACCAGUUUCUGCGUCAUUCACAGCAUUCUCAUUGUGGAACAUAUAUCUAUUUAUCUUAGUCGAGCUAAGACAGUUUUAUAUGCACAGUUUAAAGUAGUGUGUCGGUUGUGUGUUAAAGGUUUGGAAGUGUGUGUUAUUGAACCUGGUUUAAAAGAGCUGUGUUUGCUGACCGACGAUGGGGAGUAAGCUGCGGUAUGUAACAGGAAGUCUGUUCUCCUGCCCCAUCACAGACUCUCUGGCUCACUGCAUCAGCAUGGACUGCAAGAUGGGCGCAGGCAUUGCUUUAAACUUUAAGAGGAAGUUUGGAGGAGUUAAGGAACUCCUUGCCCAGCAGAAGCAACCAGGAGAGUGUGCUGUGCUUAAGAGGAAUGGCCGAUUUGUGUACUACCUGAUUACAAAGGAAAAGUACAACCAUAAACCUACCUAUGAUACACUUAGACAAAGCUUGGAAGCAAUGAAAGCACAUUGCUUAGAAAAUGGAGUCAGCAAGCUGUCAAUACCACGGAUCGGCUGUGGUUUGGACCGGCUGUCUUGGGACAAAGUGUCUGUGAUCAUUGAAGACGUCUUUCAGCACACAGAUGUAGCUAUAACGGUGUACUCACUGUAGUCUGCAACAGUCCAGGAAAAAGAUUUCUACUUUGAGUGCCUGGUUCAUCUUUGACUUUAAGCACCGGUUUCUGUUUUUGGCUUAGGGACAACAUGGCACUUCUAGCUUGUAUAUAAUUCUUUAGUUUAUUGAACAGUUUCUUGGAUGGUCAGGGCAGAGCUCUCACGAUAUGAUCAGUGUUCAGUGAUCUUCAGUUCACCACAAGAUGGUGUUAUUAUUUGGAAUGGAUCUUUGGGUCUUUUGGGUUUUUCACUUUUUUCCAGUGCCAGAUUAAGCAAAACCUAAUUGUAAUUAAUUAAGUAUAACUUAAUCUGAUCUGAAUCUUAAAAAUCAUACAGUAUUAUAUAAAAUAAAGAUGUAAAUGUAUGUAUGCUUGACCACGUUUCAUUGUUUAUUUGUUUCUCCAUUUCCAUAGUGUGUUCUCUUUGUCCUGGGUAAACCAUUUAUAUAUGUACGCUCUAAUGAAUUAAUCAGUUAGUUAACUGAUUGGUUAAUUUAAUUGAUUGAACUACUGGCUUUCCCCCCCUCUUUGGCACUAUUAUUUUUCUGACAUGUCACUAGCAAAAUUAAACAUCAUAAUGCAUAUAAUAUAUUGA